UGUUUAGUUGAAAACAGACUUUCCGGCAUAAUCGACGCGUUUUCCCGACCCACUGUAUCUUAUAGACUUACGGGGUGUUCAAAAUUUAAAAACGAAGAAGAAGAAGAUUUUUUCCUGAAACUUUUCUCUCGAUCAAAAAUCAUAUCGACAAAUUUUAAAAAUUAAAAAUAAAACAUAUUAAAAUUUUGAUUUUCAAAAUCAUCAAAUAACGGAUUAGGUGAAAUUGUGCAUACCCAGGAUUUCAAUACAAAAAUCAGCUGUUUUGAUCGAAAGUUUAAAUACUUAAGAAAAAUAAAAAUAGGAUUAAUUCACAUGUGGAAUAAAUAAAUUCGAUAAAAAAAAGAAAAACAACAAAUCCCCUGAAUCCAUUAAAACCUUGCCUAAACCAGCCACAAAUUGUGUGUAUAUGCGCCCCCUCGCCCCCCUUAAAUAGGAUUAAGCUUAAAUAUAACCUUAUUGAGUGGUUCUGCGGUGCAUCUCACAGUGCUGUCCUCUGUUGCUCCAAGUAAUAGCCAGAGGCACAGAUCCUGUUCUACAUUUUGUGUUCGAGGUUCGUGGCUAAAAACCUUUAUUCCAACGUAACGCCUGCCGCGUCGUCGUUCGGUGUCCCGUUUUUUUUUUGGUCCGUAAAUUUUUGUUCUGCUUUGGUCCUUGUUCGGUUCCUAUACUUUUCGCUUAUCGCUUUUACAGUGUUUUGUGUGAAUUCUGGUUCUGGGAUGCUCUCUCAUUGAAUAUGCGCCACCUAAUGGAUUUCUGUUUAUCUAUCAAGGACUCAAGAUGAUUUCAAUAUUAUGAUGAUGGGGAUUUCUGUGGUCUUGCAGCAUUAAGUGCGCCAUAGUGAAUACUGAUAAGAGUGUGAAUCUUUUUUUCCGUAUACCACGGGAAUUGCUUUUAACAGAGCAAAGGUGUUUUUUGAAAAAAAAAAGGAUACAAAUCGCAAUUCGGUUGACUUCAGAUUUAAAACGUUUUUUUUUUUCACGUGAAUUUCGAAUUUUGGUGUUGUUGUAUUCCCUUCAACAAUAUAUACACACUCUCAAGUCUGGAGCUUAAGUGUUAACUUGAUAUUUUUACAACAGUUUUUGUGUGUGGGUUGUUUUUCUUUUCGAGUGUCCUUUCGAUUGAUUGCACUUAAAUGCAGUAUAGGCCAACAUAGGUACAACAAAAUAAAAAAACGAGGUUAAUCCCAAAGUGUAUCUUUACAAUAUUGUCUUAUAGAAAAGCAAAGAGGAGCAAGAAAAAGAGUGUGAAUACAAAAUAGAUAAAUAAUUGGUACUACAUAAAGUUUGGAUUAUGCAAAAAGUAAAAAAGUCGGUGCAGUGAAUUUUGUUUGUGUUUUAUACGAACGAAGGUAGAUUUUAUUUACCUGCCUGCCUGCCUACAUCAAGGAUUAAGGAUUACCUUAGAAGACAAAGAACAACUAAAACUACACUACCGAUUGAGUUUUACCUACUUUUUUAUUGUUGUUGUUGAUAUUUUAUAUCGACAGCAAAAGUAGAACACUCUUGUAGUUGAAGUGUUUCUUUUAAAAGAAUAUCGGCUAUCCAUUCAAUUAAAUUACGCAACCUUGCGUUAAAUGACCGUUGACAACGUUGACAGCAUCAACUGAGUAUUAUGUUUGGGAUAAUAGAGCCAAAAAACCGCAUUAUAUAAUAAUAAACCUGCUCUUUAUAUAUACAAAAAGAAUCAUCUCAUCGGACUCGGCUGCAAACAAUCAGUGCCAUUGAUUUUGAUUAAUCACCAGUUAAACAAUUUUUAUUAAAUUAUCUUGGCCUGUGGUGAAAUGAGCCAUGCAACAUAAACACAAACUUCUCCACCAAUUCCAACCCACCGCCAAUUACUACCGUUCCAACCCAUCGGACAUCAUCAGGACUAAAAAUAACAACUACAAAAACUGAUGAUGACUUUUAAUCCAAAAUCAUAACAUUUAUGAAUGUUAAUUAACGAUUUUAAAGCUUUUUGUGUGGGCUGCAAUCUAAUGUUUGUUCAGCAGAAUAUCCUUGUGUAAGAAAAAACGGAAACGGAAAAACCAAAAAAGCUCAAAAAACAAUCGCAAAUAAAACGACCCAAAUUUGAAAAUACCUUCAACAAGAGUAACGUCGUUGUACACAAGUCGUUUGUAGAAUUAAAUUGCCAUUAAAAGUAAUUCACAUAGAAAAGGAAUUUAAUUUUUGUUUCGUCCUUUUGUAUCCUUGCCACGAUUAACGCUUAAGGAACUUCCUCCGCAAAAGGGUAGCCACGAUAAUAAGAACACAACGAAAACGUUUUCUUUAUUUGGGAUAUCCGGUUAAAAAAAAAAACGAAUAACGGCGAAUAUUUCUUUAAACAAUUUCUGUGUAUGUAAAUGAAUAAGUGUGUGCUUUUUUCGUAUAUACAUAUUUUUAAAAAGAAUCAGGAUUAAAAACUUGGUGUGUCAGGGAGAUAAACCCUUUUCGGAAUUUUUUUUUCUUCGUUGUUGUUUUCGUUUUAUGAACAAAAAUUCAUCUUGGUGAAUUAAAAUGAACAUUUUUUCUCGCAAAAUGGCAGUAAAGACAGCAACAACAAAAAUGGCUAAAAGGAUCUCAUCAAAAAAAUCAUCAGCAACAACAACAGAAAUAACAAAUACAAGAACAUCAACAACGAUAAGAAAUACAGAAUCAGCAGCAGUAUCAGGACAUGGAGAAUCAGGAGUAGCAGGAGCAGCAAGGACAACAGCAUCAGCAACCACAGCGAAAGCAACAUCCACAUCUGUAUCUGCGAGAAUGAAUUGUCCCAUUUUAAUUGUAAUUAGCUUCAGUUGCUUUUUGCAUCUAGGACUUUUGUUAACAUCAGCAGAGGGAGCUAUUUCGACUAGAGGCUCUGCUACCCGACCAAUGGCAACUUCACCGGCUGUAGGAUCAUUACCUAGAUUUUUAUCACGAGGUCACACGUAUCGAGCGGUUGUUGGUGAUACACUAGUUCUGCCUUGUCAGGUGGAAAACUUAGGCAGCUUCGUGUUACUUUGGCGACGUGGAAUAAAUGUGCUUACAGCCUCAAAUAUUAUGGUGACAAGGGAUGAAAGAAUAAGACUGAUAGAUGGUUACAAUUUAGAAAUAUCUGAUUUGGAGCCGCAGGAUGCCGGAGAUUAUGUAUGUCAAAUCAGUGACAAAGUGAACAGGGACCAAGUGCACACAGUCGAAAUUCUUGUUCCACCAAGUGUUAGAGCGAUACCAACAUCCGGGCAAUUGCAGGCGCGAAAGGGUGGCCCAAUAACAUUGGAGUGCAAAGGAUCUGGCAAUCCAGUGCCAUCGAUAUACUGGACAAAAAAGAGUGGUGCUGGGAAAUCAUCAGCUCGUAUUGGCGAUGGUCCAAUACUGACUCUGGAGAAAUUGGAACGUCAACAGGCUGGAGUAUAUCAGUGUACGGCAGACAAUGGAGUCGGUGAUCCGGUUACAGUCGAUAUGAGGCUUGAUGUUUUAUAUCCACCGGAUAUACAAGUGGAAAAAUCAUGGAUACAUUCCGGAGAAGGAUACGAAGCGAAACUAGUGUGCAUUGUGUUUGCGGAUCCAGUUGCAACGGUAUCCUGGUAUCAAAACUCAUUCCCAAUCCAAACGACAGAUAGAAGAAUUAUGUCAUCAAGAGGAAACCGACACACACUGACUGUACGUCAUAUCCAACAGGAAGAUUUCGGAAACUACAGUUGUGUUGCUGAUAACUCACUUGGACGAUCUCGAAAAUACAUGGAACUAUCCGGUCGUCCAGGACCAGCUGAAUUCUAUUCUCCCAAAUGGGGAAGAUCUUCAGACAGUUACAAUCUCACAUGGAAAAUCGACAGCUACCCACCCUUGGAGGAGGUCCGUCUUCUGUACCGUCGAGUGAUGAUGAAUGACACGUUUCAACAGCCAGGACGAUGGCAUGACUUUAUCCUUACGCCCGAGCACAGACCAGCAUCAGAACCAUUGACACACAUCAUGUCCUAUACAAUAAAGAAUCUUCAUCCGGGCGCGUAUUAUGAAGCGAUUGUUCAGGCUAAAAACAGAUAUGGAUGGAAUGAGGUCAGUGAUAUUUUCCAGUUCAUUGUUGCCAACAACAACGUCGAACUACCACCCGAAGAUGCCGAAGUUGUUGCUAGCUCAAAAUCCCGCAGCAACUCUUCGUCCCAAUUGUGCAUUCAUCAAACGAUUAUUUUUAUAAUAUCGUUUGCAUUUACGAUGUUACUUUUACGAACGAAUCAUUUUCGUGUGGGAUAAUUUAAUUUUUAAAUUGAUCUUAUGUUACAUUUAUAUAAUUUACUUUUUCAAACUAAAAAUAUUUUUAAUUUUCCUUCGAACCAAAAACAAAGAACUAAUGUAACAAAAUAUAUUAUUAACAAAAACAAAAAAAAAAAACAAAAAACGUAAAUAUUUUUCUUCAGAUGCAUAAUCAUUAAAAUAAAUGAAAAGAAAAACAAAAAACAAUUAUGACAUAGAUUGUAUUGAAAAUAUACUUAGGUAGUUUAUGUUAGAUCUAUGUACGUAGAUUUAAGAAAACGACAUAACCAUAAUUAAAAUAGAACAACAAAAAUCAUAAAUGCAAAGAAAUUCAAGGAUUUUAUUACUUAUUUUUCUUCUUUUUUAUUUAAAAAAUUAAAAGGAAAUAAGUAAUUUUAGCCUUAACAAAUUAUAUUAUGAAAAAAACCUUAAGAAAAAUUCAAUAAAAUAUAAAAUACAUUUUCUAUUUAAAUGAAAAAUAUAAAUCUCAAAACCAAAAACAACGUAUUUUGUAGUUUUUAAAUCUUGAAUAAUUUUUCUGUUGCAAUUGCUAAUUUAAAAAAUACAAACAAAAAACAAAAGAAAUAAAAUAUGAAUUUGCUUUAAUCUUACACAAAAAAAUGAAAACCAUAAACUUACACGAAAAACUAUCUUAAAAGUUUGAUUUCAAGAAACCAAUUGAAUUACUAUAUUGUACAUACAUCGACCACUACGUAAUUUAUAUAAAUAUUAAAUUUAACACUUAACAUUUUAUUAUUUUGUUUUUCUGUAAAUAAACGCAUUUUAAAUUUAAAUUAUAAGAUUUUAAUUAUGUUUCACAAAAAACAAACGCAAUAUACCACCAACAUUAAAAGUCGUUCGUUAUAAGCUAAAUUAUAUGAAAAUAUAAAAUUCAAAUAUCAAAAUAAAUGAAUUAAUAUAUUAUGAUUAUAACAUAACAUGACAUAUAAAGAGGGCCUGAAGUAAAACAUUGGUAUUUAAUUGAAUUUUUCAUAAAUUAAAAAAUUAUUAAAAUAACAAGUCACAGUCAAUUUAAAUACUUCUUGGAAAAUGCAGAAAUUAAAAUUCCCCCUCCGAAUUCGUUACAACAAAAA